CUCGAUUGGGGUGCAGCAUUUUGGUGGCUGAUCACCGACAGAGAGGGCAAUUCUGCUGCGGCUUUAGCAUCCAUUUGCAACAAGAAACAGAAAAGGCCACCAAGCCCCAACAACUGCUCUCGCCGGCUUGAAAAUGUCACCGAAGCCAGGCCAGAAGACGGUGCUGGUCACCGGCUGCACUCCUGGCGGCAUUGGUCACGCCGUCGCUCUCGAGUACCACAAGCAAGGCCUCUAUGUCAUCGCCACUGCCCGCCGCCCCGAAGCUCUCAAGGAGCUCACCGAUAAGGGCUUAGCCGCUGUGGCCCUCGAGGUGACCGAUGCGGACAGCAUCGCGGCUUGCAAGGACGAGGUCGCCAAGCUCACCGGCGGCAAGCUUGACAUCCUUGUCAACAAUGCCGGGCGGUCACACACGAUCCCCGCCACCGACAUUGACCUGCCCGACGUGCGGCAGACGUUCGAAACCAAUGUAUUUUCCGUCAUGGCCAUGGUGCAGGCCUUUGCGCCACUCCUGAUCGCGGCCCGGGGGCUUAUCGUCAACAUCGCCUCGCUCUCGUCCGUGACACCCUACGUCUUCGGCGCCGUCUACUGCGCCACCAAGGGUGCCGUUGUCGCCUACUCGCGGACGCUGCGGCAGGAGUUGCGUCCCUUUGGCGUCCGCGUCAUGAUCGUCAUGGCUGGCACCGUCCGGUCCAACGCGGCCGCCCAGAAAAUGCGUAGCCUGCCCGCCGACAGCAUCUACCAGCGCAUCAGGGACGUCUUCGAGUGGCGCCUCAACUACUCCCAGAACAACAACACCGAGGACACCCCAACCUUUGCGCGCAAGCUCGUCCGCAGCUCGCUCCGGCCCGAGUUCCCCAUGAUUCUGCGCAGCUGGCUCGGCAGGCCCGACUGGUUUUGGGCCGGCGGUCAGGCAGGCACCUUCUGGAUCGGCAGCUACUUCGGGGAGUGGCUCAUCGACAUGGUCUGCUGGCGGAAGUUCAAGCUGGGUAGGCUCGAAGCUAUUCUGAAGAAGGAGACUUCGGAAGCCAAGAAACUCAAGUGAGGCAUUACAUCCGGGCUAGUUGUUGCGUGAGGAAACGCUGCCGACAUCCUUGGUAGGUUUCAAUGUUCAUAGGUGGUGCUGAUAUCAUGCCAUGUCGGAAUGCCAUAGGGAGAACAAGAUAGACCUUGGAAUCAAAUGAAUACCUCCGCAAGUCAGGUACCAUGGUGAACGGCUUAAGUAUAUGUAUUGGUACCAUCGGAGCUAGCUA